AACACGUGGUUUACCGCAAAACAAACGCUAAGGUUGUCAUACAACGGUCCUUUAAGAGUUAGUAAACGACUUACUGCUACAUGUAUUUCUUAAAAUCGAGUGUAUAAAGUUGGGAACGAAGUAUCUUGAAAGUUUAAGGGUGUAUAUGUGAUUAGAGUGAGGUCGUAAGAUUAAUACAAAUAUGACGCUAAAGAUUUUUCUUGUAAUUAUUGUAAUUGUCGAGUGUCAGUCGCUUGCGCACUCCGACUGUCCCAAUGUGAGAAACCCACUGAGUUUGAUGAGGAAAAGAAGACAUUUGGUAUUCCCAGAUGGAAGUAAUGCUGUUCUUACUGCGUCACUAGUGAAAGCUUUUAUGACACACGCUCCGUCCGGGUGGAACAUAGCAUUAGAGAUUGACGUUCUUUUCCCGCUUCCCAACGCGAAUUUCACCCUGGCACACGGCAGGAGGAAACUGCACCAUAGACAGAAAAGGGAAUUAUGGGACAGACUUCAGAACUCUAUGAAUUUCCUCAACCUGAACGGGCAGGCGUGUAUUCUAAAGAGUAUAUGCGAGGCCAAAUUCUACCUAGCGCCCCAAGGGAAAUCAUUACUUCAUGACGUAUUAAGAGCUAUAUUUACAGCGCCAGUUUUUGAAGAAUCUUUCAGAGAAGAAAUUCGUGGCUCCUAUGACGAGCUACUGGUUCCGAAAUAUUGUGAAGAAUUUGCAGAAUGUCCGUUGUCACUUCUCAACUUCAUUUUGAUGAACAAUAAAAAUUAUAUUUAA